AUUAUACAUGGAAAGCAGCAGGAAAAAGAACAUAGAUUUGAAUAUAAAGUACAGUAGUGCGGAGAUUAAAAGUAUAAUUACAUUAAAGCUGGAAGGAAAAAUCGUGAGCGGACUGGGAUACAGCAUAUAAGGGUAGAAUCUAUUAUGGCAUACAAAGGAAGGUUGGAGUGGAGAUGAUAUAAUAGUUAGAAUGAGAUUUGGACAUAAAGGGCUCAACAGCAUAAAAUAAUGAGAAAACAUGAAUCAGCAAAUUCGGAAUGUGGAAUAGAAGAAACUUUGGAGCAGUGUCGUUAAUAUAUACAACAGACAAAUAGAAUAGAGUAGAGAGAUUUAGACAGUAUUAAAGUAACUAAUAGUCCAUCCAUCCCGCACUCCAACUUAGAGGGUGGCAGCAACCCCACAAUUAGUUGUUUGGCAGCCGCCAGAAAAACAGACGAAGAAGAAGAAGCGCCUCGCUGUCAAUCAAGUCAUCAGCCGCAGCUGUCCUCAGUCCAGUUGGUAACGGGGCCGCAGACGGACGCGCGUGUCCACACUCGUCCUCCUCCUCCUCCUCACGCGCCGCUUUCCCCGCUGCGGCUGCUCUCGUGUCUGGCGCAGUCAUGGCGCUGCGUGCGGAGGACCCGUCCCAGCUCUCCAAAUCCAGACUCAAGUCCGACUUAGUGGCGCACAACGUGGCGCUGCCGCCCAGCAAGAGCAGGAAGGAGGUGUACGUGGAGCUGCACCUGAAGCACAUAGAGCGCAAAACCGCCGCGGACUUUUCCAGCGACGAGGAAGAACAGGCGCGACACGCGAAAGAGGAACAUCCGGAGGUUCCCGACCCGGGUGCUCUGACUGAUGACGACCUCCAGGCCGCGCUGCUUAAGCGUGGGGUGAAGGUCGGACCCGUAGUUGCCUCCACCAGAGCCCUGUAUGAGAAGAAGCUCCUGAAACUGCUGCAGCCGGACGGACACGGCCAACUGAAUGGAGCAGACAGUGGCGCUGGGUACUCGGACAGCGAGGGCGAGGAGAGAGGGGGUGAAGGGGAUGAUGCAGAGUCGGAUUGUGAAGAAGAAAAACAAACAGUCCAACGGUCAGACCAGGCUCCACAGCAGCGCCGUCAGGUAAAAGUAAGUCACCAUUUGCAGAAUGGUUAUUUUUCUUACCCUCAGUGCUUUUUGCUGUCGUCGCGACUGCGGGUUCCUGCUUCUAGAGCGCGAAAGCCGAUUGAGUGGAAUUCCAGGAAUGCGUCAUCAGAGCGGAGUCGAUCUCGCUGCUCGCAGAUUUCUGCUGGAGUUAGUAGAGCAUCCUCUAUAGAUCAGCGCUCGGGAUUAGGACCAGGGGUUCCACCUGCAUCACAGACACGUCAGCGCAGUGAUUCCUCAUCCUUCAGCAUCACUCAAAUGGUUGAGGAGAUGGAGACUCGAAGGUCACUUUCCUCUCCCAACGGCGCAGAGAGCGAGUUAAGUGGGAGCAAAGUGCCGGAGCAUCGGUCACGGUCUGAUGGGCUGGACAUGGCGGUUGUGGAUGAACGCACCAGGACCGACCAGUCCCUGUACUACACUCCGAAGGCCUCGGCUCAUAAAACGAAAACCAAGCUUCACCAGGAGCCUGUGGAACCCACCUUCAAGGACAUGUUUGCUGCUACUGAAAGCACACCAACCGGGAUCUACGCGACUCAGCGGAGGCCGAUCAAGGGCGCAGCGGGCCGACCUGUGCGCUACGCGUACCCGGACACUCCCAGCAGCCCCUCCACGCUGCAGAGACGCGAGGUGGCGCGCCGCCUCGUGCCCGUCCACAUUCAGCUGGUGGUCUUCCUCGUGGUGACGUGCCUGCUCUACUUCAUUUAUGUUUGCGUGGAGGACAACUCGUGGAGUCCGUUUUUAGCUUCACUGGACAACCGAAACCAGGGGCCGGACAGUGAAGAAGGACUUUUGCUUCAGGCCGACACACCAGCACUUUCUGGACAGGAGUAACUUGAGUUUUCUUUUAUAAUUUGCAUUACAGAUAGGAAGACACUUUAAUGAUUGUGUCUAUGUGGGUUAAGGCUUUUUUUUUACAAAUUACUAUUCGCAUUAAAAAUUUGUUUUUGUAUUUGAAACGAUUGGUCAAAUACAGAAAUUCAGUUGAGAUUUUAAUGGUGAAAAUGAAAAAUGAGUGGUGAUAAUCUUUAUUGACUUUAAUAAAAUAUGUAUUGUAUAGAAUAGUUUCAACAACUUGUUUCAAAGUACUUGUGUUUCUUUUUUAAUGUUUAAACUAUGUUUCAAUAAAGGACGUUUUGCUCGA